AUGGAAGAAACAUGGUUAUUCAUCGUUCCGGCAUCAUGCUUGCUUUGUUUUCUUAUUCUGAAGAAUUUUCUAUUGAAACAAACACGAUAUAAGAAUCGACCUCCAACCCCAACAUCACUUCCCAUAAUUGGCCAUCUCCAUCUAGUGAAAGAACCCAUCCAUAGAUCAUUACAGUUGCUAUCAAACAACUAUGGUCCAAUCGUAAGUCUUUCCUUUGGAAACCGUUGUGUGCUUCUCAUUUCCUCUCCUUCUGCCGCCGAAGAAUGCUUUUCUAAAAAUGAUAUUCUCUUUGCCAAUAGGCCUCAUCUUAUUUCUGGCAAGUACUUUAGCUAUGACUACACGGCAAUGGGCGCUGCCUCUUAUGGUCCUCUUUGGUGCAAUCUACGUCGACUUGCUGCACUUGAUAUCUUCUCAACGAAUCGGCUUAACAUGUUUUUGGGAAUUAGAAAGGAUGAGGUUAGAUUCUUACUUAAAAAUCUUUAUCACAGUUCAUGCCAAAGUUUCACCAAAGUGGAGAUGAAGUCAAAGUUAUCAGAACUGUCUUUUAACAUCAUUAUGAGGAUGGUUUCUGGGAAAAGAUAUUUUGGGGAAGAAGUUGAUGAUCCAGAGGAGUCUAAACGCGUUCUAAAAAUUGUAAGGGACAUUUUUGAUGCCAGUGGAGCAUCAAAUCCAGAAGAUUUCUUACCUUUUUUACGAUGGGUGGAUUACAAGAGCUACAAAAAGGGAAUAAUAAGACUACAUACAAAUUCUGAUAGGUUCAUGCAGAGUUUGAUUGAUGAGCAUCGAAACACAAGGAAUUCUUCAGGUGAAGGAGCAACAAUUAAGACGAUAAUCGAUUCUAUGCUGUCUUUACAAGACUCUGAACCUGAAUACUACACUGAUGAAAUUAUCAAAGGCAUGAUAAUGACAGUACUAGUUGCGGGAACAGACACAACCUCGGUGACUGCAGAAUGGGCUAUGUCACUUCUCCUCAACCAUCCUCUUGUGCUAAAGAGAGCCAGAGUUGAGCUUGACCAUCAUGUUGGUCAUGGCCGUUUAGCAGAAGAACCUGAUUUGGUCAAGUUGCCUUACCUCCAGUGCAUAAUCAAUGAAACUCUUCGGCUGUUUCCAGCAGCACCACUUCUAGUGCCACAUGAAUCAUCCGAUUACUGUACAAUUGGAGGGUACGAUGUCCCACCAUCAACAAUGUUGAUUGUUAAUGCAUGGGGCAUUCAUAGAGAUCCCAAGGUGUGGGAGGACCCUGAAAGUUUCAGACCAGAGAGGUUUGAAGGAUUGGAAGGCGAAGUUGAGGCAUAUAACUUCAUACCAUUUGGUCGAGGAAGAAGAUCCUGCCCUAGAGUUGGCCUUGCCAAUAGAGUAAUGGGAUUAGCAUUAGCCAUUUUAAUUCAGUGCUUUGAGUGGGAGAGAAUUAGUGAAGAGGAAGUGGACUUGACAGAGGGAACUGGUCUUACAAUGCCUAAAGUCGAGCCAUUAGAGGCUAUGUGCAAAGCUCGCGAGUGCAUGUUAAAUGUCCUUUCAAAGCUUUGAUUAUUGCUUUUGUAUCUUCUUAUAUAUUUGUGGCUUCACAAUGUUGCAGUCUUCGUUUCCUAUAAUGGAACUUAUGGGCACUUAAGGAUAAA